AUGUAUCAUUUUAUCUCCGAGCGGACAGCGGAACUGCGCCUCUCCGAGAACGUGCUCAUUCCCAGUCAUGCGACGCAGUAUUUGAAGUGCUUUCAACUGGACGCUGUGCGUUUUCUCUACGAGCGGCUGUCCAAACAAGAGUUUUGCAUAUUUAACGAUGAGAGUGGCUUGGGCAAAACUGCGACAAUUGUCACACUCUUAAAUGGCCUGGGUGCGUCGAAGAAAACGCUCAUUGUGUUGCAGAACGAUGAUCAGUUGCUGGCUGGCUGGCAGUUUCACCUGGGCAUUCUAUCCGAUCUGCCCGUAUGCAUUCUAAAGGAUGUCAAUGACAGCACAGAGUCGGCGCAUAGCGUUUAUCUGAGCAAAUGGAGCGUGUUGCGCAGCAUUGGGGAUCUCAGCAAGCUGAAGUUUGACUAUGUCAUUGUUGAUCAUCGGGGCUACAUGCUAAAUAACAACUUCUGCACUUCCAUGCUACUGCAGCAAUACGAGCGCAAAGUUAACAUUGUGAUCUCUACUGUGGACUUAACGUCCGAUGUUAAGUUACUAUAUAAUGUGCUACGCUUGGGUGGAUGCCUGGAACAUCAACACAAGAGCUUCCGUAUAUUUAAUCUGAAAUUCAAUCUGCCGGAUGUUAAGGAGGUGCUUAACAAGCGUGUUGAUCUCGAGGAUUACUACAAGCAGCGAGGUGUUCUUGGCGAAUACAUCAAGGAUUUCCGGCUGCGUCGAUAUCGCCACCAGUUCGAGUCAUAUUUACCUCUAGUCACGCCGGAACAAUACAAGAUUAAUGUAUCGCUUUGGAUGGGUGAAAAUAUAAGCAAUUCUACCAUAAGUGGCUCAAGUGUAGACCCACCAUCGGAAGCACGCUCCACGGGCAGCACUGGUGAAAUAUUCGAGUGUCUGAUGAGCAUAAGACGAGAACGAGAAUUGGGCCAACAACAGGAUGCAGAGAAAAUAUCGCUAUCCGAGCACAGUGACGAAGUGGUAGCCAUGGAGCCGUUGAUUUUCGAAAUGUCCGAUUCAGAGGCGGAGGCAGACGUAAACGUGCCGACGCAAGCCAAAGUGUCAACCACGGAUGUGGUGGUGCUAUCCAGCGAUGAUUGUGAAAUAAUUGCGACGCCAAGCACUCCGCCACAGUCCUCACCAAAGGCAAGCACGUCACCAAUAGCCAAAACCAAGCGAAAGUACACCAAACGUGUCAACGCUGCGAAGCCAACAGAGCUAACCGAAUCGGAGAACGAUGAACAGCCAAGCAGUCCCUCGAAGAUAUUCGCCAGAAAAUUAAAUGUUAAAAUAAAUCGUCUUCAUUUACCCAAAAUGCAAAAAAAUGUACUAGCAGCAAUUAGUUCGAAAAUACCCACAAACCAGUUGACAAAACCUGCGCCUGCGCCACGUGAGCAACCGACUCCAUUGCCAGUUAAAUCGCCUGUCAAAGCUAAGCCGAUGCCAGAGCCUAACGCACAAAAUGUGAAACAGUUAUCGCCAGAGCCACGAACGCCCAACCAUCAGAAGACGUUGCCAAUCACGCCAAAGACUGAGCCCAGAUCAAAACGCGCACAGGAAAAAAGUGCUUCAGUUGUGUUGACGCCAAGAGUGACACGUGGAAUGCAAAGAAUGACGCGUUCAGCGGAAUCGCGACACAACAGCAAAUAUAUGACACCACAUUUGGUAUUAGGCUCAACGAAACGGAAACGCAACAUAGACUCAAAUCAAACGCCCAAAACGAGCAAGCGCAGAAGGGAGCCAAUAGUUAUGCAAGAGGAGGCAGCUCCGACAGCAAAGCUGGAGUCGACAGCAGAACCCAAAAUCAAAAAGCCAAGGGGACGGCCGCCAAAGAAAACAAAAUUAAGCAACGGAUCAACGUCUUUGGCCAGCAACGAAAGUAAGGCAGUGGCACCCCGCAUAUUAAGAGGAAGACCGUCGAAGAAAACGAUAUCUAAGGAUCCGAAGUCCUUACCAAUUAAUUCAAAGUCUCCCAUAAUUCAGCCAGCUGCCACGCCAGAAAUAAUUAGUCCCGGCUCUUUCUUGUCGGACUAUUCGUAUAUGCAAUGCGCCCAGAAACUACCCGAGAAUCUUGCAGAGCUUGGUUCAAUGGAAUUGCCAGAAUUUCGUGUACCACUUGCGCCGCCGGCAACGCCACUAAUGACGCCACUCACACUGAAUUUCUUUAGUGACUCGGAGGUGGUCGUCGUGCCCAAUGGCAAUCAGCAGCAAUCAGAUGUUGUGGUGAUCCACAGUUCGCUUGACGAGAGCUCGGAUCAAUCCGCUAAGCAGUCACAAAGUCGGCGCACUAGAGCACUAAAGCGGAAACGUUCCACCCCACUCAAAGAGCAGCCACAACCGAGCAUCUCCAGUUUUGGGCAAUUACUGGCACAGCAGCGCGCGAUGGCCAACAAAUCGCCCGACAUAUUCAGCAACUGCUCCGAUUUGUCGCAGCUGACGCUGGCACAGCCAGUGCCCUUCGAAGGCUUCAAGAUCUUUGGAUCGGAAGUAAAGCAACAGCAGCAACAACAGAAGCAGCAGCAUUCGAAGGCACAACCAGGCACGAUGACUAAAAAGAAACGUGAACGCUCCUGCCUGGACAUCUUGGAGCAAAUUUUUGAGACGAAUCGGACUCAAGCCAACGAAUCGGGAGUCCAAUUGCUGCCAAAUGUGUCCAGCCCCAAACAGGUGUUAACGCAACGACGUUUCUCUUUGCUGGACGAUGACAUCUUUGAGAUAACCAAUAAUGGUGAAUUUGGCAGUCGACUGCGUCUCACCGCCACGGGGCAUGUGUCGCCGGUGCUGCAGCCGCAGCGCAAUAAAAUCACAAACUAUUUGAUUGGCUCCAGCAGUACACAGGAAGAUGCUGGCCAGCGCACUCAAUGCAGUCAAGGGUUGCGAAAGUCACCCAAAAGCAUCAAAUCGACACAGUCAACGAAGCUGACGCGAUGGUUUGGUGCAGCAACAUCAUCAGCAGGAGGAGCCGGGGAAUCCCAAAGUGUGCCCAACACACCUGUGGUGCCUGGCAAGAAAUCGGGCUGCGCUCGCAUCGCUCGCAGCGGAGGAGCUGGAAAACGAAAGCGACUAGAUCUCUACAAGUGAUCGGGAAUAAUGUUGAAAUCUAUUCAAAAAAAGACUCGAGAAACUCAAAGACUAUGCAGUGAGUCAAGUUUAGAUAAUUUGUCAAAAUUUUAAACUUUGUUUACGGCCGCCAGUAAAUGGAAUCGACUAUUAAAAUUCACUCAAGUUUUCAA